AUGGACAUCAGACUGCAAAGUCGCGUGUCUACGCUUCUCCACCUCGCGCCUUCUCCUGGUCGGUCCGCGUUCAGCUGCUCGCCUCCACCGCCACAACUCACUCUCUUCGCUAUUGUUUUUACUCGAACAAGCUACUGCUACUGCCUCUGCUGUAUCGCCGACUCGCCCGACAAUGCGCCACGCUCUCGUCUGGUCGUCGACGGCCUCAUCGACAACGACAACAGGCGUCCACUUCGCAAGUUAAGGAGCGGUGAAGGCUGGGAGCGGGCACCCGGCCGCUCAGGACGUCCUCGAGCUCGCCAUAAUUGCCGGUUCACCCACAGGAGCCGCCGCGACGCCGACUCAGCAACCUCUCGCCGUCAGGACCAACACGGCUGGCUCGACCGCUUCGAGGGGCAGUGCGGGCAGUGGAGCGGGUGCAGGGACGCAAAAGGGUCCGCAGGAGAUGCCUGGAAGUGCGGCGGGGCGGGUCGUGCAGGUCGUCUCCAGCGGGUCCCUCGUCGUCCGCACACCCAGUCGUUACGCGAGUCGGCUGUCACACGCCUAUGCCCUUCACACCUCACGCCGGCCCUUCCGCCCGCCCUCGCGCCCCCCCUCACCUCGCUCAACCCGACGUCGGACGCACCCUCGAACCCUCAGCGACAGUCCACGUCGACCACCGCACUCGGGCCGAAGAGCAGCACCGGCGAAGUAGUCGUCUCCUCCCACUUUGCCGCUGGACCCACUCUCCCUCCUGCCUCGGAUUCCUCUUCUUCACUCGUCAUCCCCGCCAAACGUCCCUCUCCCUCUUCGCGCAAAGGCAAAGAGCGCGCCUCUCCGCCCGGCGCCGCCGGAGCGGAAGAAGGGGAAUUCGACGAGCUGGACGAGGACAUCGAGAACGUUGAUCCGGUCAAGGCGUUGCAGCUGCCUCCGAGAAGAGACGAGGAGGAAAAAGCCUCGUGUUUCGGACGAUUCGGGGUAUGGGACGGCCGAAGCGGGGGGAGCGGGAUUGAAGCUGGGAUGGAGAAGGAGGAAGUGCCUGAGAGCGAGCACGAAGGAGAAGGAGAGAUGCUCGUGGAUGCAGUGGCGAGGGCGAAUCCGGAGAAGGGUGGAGCGGUCUCGAGGUCGUCGGGACAGCAGGCGCAGGCCGUCGAAGGAGUCGAUGUGCGUUCAGCUCCCGUUCAGCCCGUCACUUCCCUAAUGGACGAACUUGCCCGCCCCAGCCCUCGUCGCAUAUCGCGGCCGAGCUCCUCUCGUUCACCGAACGUCGCGCCUCGCUUAUGCAAGAGUUCCUUGAGAUCGCGGAAAGGGAAAGGCGGGCGAGACGAUGGUAAAUUGCGGAUGACGCUCUUCUACGUCGACGAAUGUCUCGCCGAGUACCGCGCCCAACUCCUCGCAUCCGGCACGCAACUCUCCGACGUCCAGAUCGAGACCGAGAAGCGCGCCAACAUGCUCGAAGAGUUGCUCGAAGUGCUCGCAAGUGGAGGAGGAAGGAGCAGCAUGGGAAACGACGAGGAUUUCUUGUGGCAUACCCUCCCGUGGCUUGACGCUCGUAUCGCCAAGUUGAAGGCGAACCCCUCCACCUUAUCAUCCGCCUCCAUUCGACCCGCUCCCGCCUUCCACCCUCCGCUCCCCAAUCACCGCAUGCCUGCCCUCCUGCCCUCCGGCAUCGCCCCAUCUCCGACACACCAACACCCUCUCGCACGACCCUUCAGUCCCGCUCAUACGAAUGGCUUCUCGCCCGCUGCGGGCUAUCACCCUUCACCAACGCUCGCUUCGGGACUCUCGAACCGCGGAGCAGUAACGGGGCCGGCGCCGCAGAGGGCGAGCUAG